AUGUCAGCCCCGUCGUACGUCGGCCUCUCUGGCCCCUGGCUGACGAGAGCCAUCACUGCCUGUGCUACCAUGGGCUUCUUGCUUUUCGGUUAUGAUCAGGGUGUCAUGAGCGGCAUUAUCGACGCGAGACCGUUUGGCGAAGUCUUUACACAAGUUCAGGGCGAUUCGACUAUUCAGGGUGUCGUCACGGCUAUUUACGAAUUGGGUGGGUCGCAAUAA